AUGAGCGAGCAUCCUCACGCUGCGUACCACCAUCAGCACUCCGUCGGCGUUAACGGAGAUAGGGGAGUUGUAGGCUCCGGCGGCGCCGGCGCCGGAGCCGGGACCGGAGCUGGAAGCGUGACCAAGGCCACCAGCGUCGGCACCGGUCACGGGACCCCUCGCAGCCGCGAAAACAGCGCCGCUGGCAACUCCAACAGCGGCGCGGUUGCCGCCGGAGCACCCGGCGGCGGCGGCCAGGGUCACGUGCACCAGGGCUCCUCCCACGGCACGGCUGUCGGAACGCCGGCUUCCGGUCGCGUGGUGUCCGGAGUUUCCGCUCCCGGCGCUGGCGCCGGCGGUUACCCGACCUACGGCGCCGCCUCUCACGAGCCUUGGCAGCAGCCACAGCCGCACCAGCAGUACCAGCAUCAUCAGCAGCCUUACAGCCCGCACCAGCAUCAGCAGAUGGCCGGCGGCUAUUACGCAUCGGGCCCAGUGGGCUCCACGGGAUCGGUGUCGGAUCCUUCCGCGGGAUCAGCAGCCGCUCACGUGCCGCAAUAUGCGGCGUAUGCCUAUUACCCUACUGCGUCGGCCCAGCAACCACAUAUGCAGUAUGCGGACGGAAACCAGGGCUACGGAGCUUACGGAACCACUGCUGCAUAUGGAUACUACCCUUAUGCAGCGCUGGCCGCGGAGGACCCUCAGCAGCAACAACAGCAGCAGCAGCAGCAGCAGCAGCAACAGCAACAACAGCAACAACAACAACAACAACAACAACAGCAGCAGGCAUAUGCUUCGUACUACCGCCAAUACAACCAGGCACAGGCCUCGGCCCAGCCGUCGUACCAAUAUCCAGGGUUCCGGUCGUCGACCGCCAACGAAGAGCUCGGAAACUCUCCCGUCGGUGGCACUGGUGCAGCUCCUGCCACUGGCGCUGGCGCCGGCAGUGGCUACUACAAUACUGCGAACUCGGAAGAGUUUGCCGCUGCGGAAAAACGCCGGCGCAUGGGCUCGGUGAUGGGCCCUUCGUCGGGUAAACACACAUCGAGUGCGUCUGCGACGUCAAUGGAUGGCUCUGCUUUGCUGGGCUUGGCUGCUGCAGGAGCCAUGGAUCCUGUCACAUCCGGAAUGCACCCUUCGUAUGUGCCUGCGCCACAUCCCUACCACAUGCAGGCCGGCACGCCCGGCGUCAGUGUCGGUACAAGUGCUCGACCCAGGGUUACGACGACGAUGUGGGAAGACGAAAAUACACUGUGCUACCAGGUGGAGGCCAACGGCGUCUCCGUGGUUCGCAGAGCGGACAACGAUAUGGUCAACGGUACCAAGCUUUUGAACGUGGCCAAAAUGACGCGCGGACGCCGCGACGGAAUCCUAAAAGCCGAGAAAAUCCGCCACGUCGUGAAGAUUGGAUCGAUGCAUCUGAAAGGUGUGUGGAUUCCCUUCGACCGCGCCCUGGCUAUGGCGCAACGCGAGAAAAUCGUCGAUCUACUGUUCCCACUGUUUGUGCGCGAUAUCCAAAGCGUCAUCCAGCAGGGCGCCUCUUCGGUACUGAGCGGGAAUCCCUCCGUGGCCCCUGCAACUGCCGCAGCUUCCGCCGCCGCCGCCGCCGCCGCCAACAGCGCCUACAGAAAUAGCUACUAUGGAGAGCCAGUCUCGGGAUCAGUUUCGGCACCGGCCCCCAUGGCGUACCAUCAACCGGUGGGCGCCAGCGGAUACGCCCACUAUCAGCCACUGGAAUAUGGCUACGCCCCGGGUCCUUUGAUGCACUCCGGAAUGCCCUCCGCUACUCCCAUGGGCCCGGGUCAGAGUCACAACUCAAUCUCGGGCCCCGGUGCUGCGGGUCCCGUCUCUACAUCCUCUGCAGGUAUGCUAGUGUCGGGUGGUCCUACCGGUGGCCCUCACGGUGGCAAUGUCUCAGGCACCACUUCAGGUUCCACACAGGUAGGCGGCCAUCCAUCCAACUCUGUAAGUGACGACAAAUCUCUAGAGCCUCUGAGAGCAGAUGGCUCUGACGCUGUCAAGAGUGAUGUUGCCUCUAGGCAGGCCGAAUGA